UUAUCUAUGCCACCUGUAAGGUAAUAUACAGAUUAAAAAACAAAUAGCAAAAGAAAGAAUUUAACAGUUACCGCACAAGCUGGUGUCAUUACGACAUUACAACACAAACAAGCACACGGUUUGAGCGAAGGAAAUGCAAACUGGCGACAUAAUAUCACGGAAGUUGAGAAUGUAAAACAGUGUGCCUUUAAACGAAAAUUGAUACACAACGCCAAGAAAUGGAAACAACGAAGGCAGCAAAACAAUUCACUGUCAUUUGAAGCAAGAUUUCGAAUCAUACAGAAGAAAGUUUAAACUUUAAAUGAAAAUGGUUGACGUUUCAAACACUGAAAGCGGAUCACCCAAGAAACAAGCUCAAUCUAAUUUGACAAGAAAAUGGAUGUCUGAACCAAAUCUGCUUGAAAGGAGUAUGGAGGAUGGCACGUGGGUAAGACGAACAGAAAACAUGGAUGAAGAGGGGAUCUCGUUCAUGGAGGAAGUACCAAAACUUCAACUGGAGCAUAUCAACAAAGACAGGGUGAAAAUGAGACCAAAGCGACGACCUCCAUCAAGAGCCUUCGUGAAGUCUCAAGCUAGCCUGGACUUUGACUUUGUCAUAUCUGAAGAUAUUAAGGAGGAUGACGAAGAAGAAAGCACGAAGGUGGAACAUACGGAUUUGCACACAGAGGAAGCCAAUGAAAAUCUUUCUGAUGAUUCAGAAACACCUAAGACCUCGCUAGUAAAGCCAACACCUCCCCCAAAGCCCUUGAGCAAGUUGAACAAGAAAAUACCAGGCCCUAAAGAGGUGAACACAGAAAUAGCCAAUGAAAACCAUUCUGAUGACGCAGAAACACCUCAGACCUCGCCAAUAAAGCCGACACCUCCCCCAAAGCCCUUCAGCAAGUUGAACAAGAAAAUACCAGGCCCUAUAGAAGUGAACACAGAGAUAACCAAUGAAAACCUUUCCGAUGACGGAGAAACACCUCAGACUUCGCCAGUCAAGCCCGCACGUCCACCAAAGCCCUCUGGCGGAUGGAAACUACCCAGUCCUACGACAGGGUUUAAAUUGCGGAAAACUUCCGAGGGUGAAGAAACAAAGGACGACAACGAGGCCUCAGAUCGGAUAACCAACGCAAAAGAACGCACAUCAUCAAGUUCGUCACCAGAAAAAAACAUCGAGAUUUCAAAUUACCGUUUAAAUCACCGUUCAAGAAAUUUCGUCGAAGUCGUAGGGGUAAACACGAAAACAACGUUGAAAGUGAUUCUCACAACAAAACAAACUUGACUAAAGUAAACGCGAAGUCGAUGGAUUCCGGUCUCGAGUCACGACGCCGUUGGCCAAACGGACUUCAUAUAUCGGAACGCCUGCAAAAGUUCUCUGAUUAUCUUCACAAAAAAUUAGCUCACCAUCCUAAAAAACAUAAUGGAUACGAUAUAGAUUUGAGUGAUUGCGAAGAUGAGACGGACGCCCACGAAAGAAAUUCCAGUCCACCGAAAAGAAAUCCAAAGUUAAAAGACGACGAUAAAACACCUACUGAAGACAUGGCGAACGUUUCCGAUGAAGCAACGAGCAAUUCCGAUAGUGACAUACAAUUGAAUGGGAAAACGGGACUCGAACGUAACAUGCCUGAUGACGUAACAAGAAAAGAACAAACGUCCAAUGAAAACGAGGCAAAAAAUGAAAGCGUGCCGAAUUUAAAGAAGUCUGCGUUUUAACAGACUAAUGUUUCUUGGAAAUAUAAUGAAUUGAGCGCAUUUGAACUGAGUUAGUGUGAUGCGAAUAUCACACAUUGCAUGUGGUUAUAAUAUAUCGUGGGUAAUUAUUUUGUAUAACUAAAUAUUUAACAUUAAUUAUUUCUAUUUUGUGUAAUAAUAAAUUUUUGAGCGAUGUAGGAGCCUGCCUGCUUAACUUACAGGAUAAAUAUCAACUUUUGUUCAUAUCAGGUUUAGAAGUGAAUUUUGAAAGCAUAAACAGUUCAUUUUGAUCACCUUUCAAUUUUUAGAUUUUCCGAUUUUGUUUGUAACCUAUUUUAAUUUCUGUAAUUUCAAAUUUCCAGGUUUGAUUACUAUGAUUAAUGAUAAUUAUUUAGAGAUGAUUUAAAUAUGCCAAGUUCUAAACAAAA